UGCAGCCUCCGGGGCCGGUCGUCGUCCUCGGGCUCCCCUUCCCUCCAGCCCCCCGCGUCCCGCUCCGACGCCGCGCUCGGGGUGUGUGUGUGUAUGUGUGUGUGGCUGCGGGGGGAGGGAGGGAAGGAUUGAUGUCCCUUCAGCAUCAUGCAGCCGCCGCCGAGGAAGGUGAAAGUUACACAAGAACUGAAAAACAUUCAAGGUGAGCAAAUGACAAGACUUCAAGCCAAACAUCAAGCAGAAUGCGAUUUACUUGAAGAUAUGAGGACAUUCAGCCAGAAGAAGGCUGCUAUUGAAAGAGAGUAUGCACAGGGUAUCCAGAAGUUGGCUAGUCAAUACCUGAAGAGAGAUUGGCCUGGAAUAAAAGUUGAUGAACGAAAUGAUUACAGGAGUAUGUAUCCUGUUUGGAAGUCUUUUCUCGAGGGAACAAUGCAGGUAGCCCAGUCUCGGAUCAAUAUAUGUGAAAACUAUAAAAACUUCAUUUCUGAGCCUGCAAGGACAGUAAGAAGCUUAAAAGAACAGCAGCUAAAAAGGUGUGUAGACCAGUUGACAAAGAUCCAAAUGGAAUUACAAGAGACCGUGAAAGAUUUAGCUAAAGGCAAAAAGAAGUACUUUGAGACUGAACAGAUGGCUCAUGCAGUGCGAGAGAAAGCUGACAUCGAGGCGAAGUCUAAACUUAGUCUUUUUCAAUCAAGAAUCAGCUUACAGAAGGCAAGUGUAAAGUUGAAAGCUCGGCGAUCUGAAUGUAAUUCCAAAGCUACCCAUGCAAGGAAUGAUUACCUUCUUACACUAGCAGCAGCAAAUGCACAUCAGGAUCGCUACUAUCAAACAGAUUUAGUCAACAUUAUGAAGACCCUUGAUGGAAAUGUGUAUGAUCAUCUCAAGGAUUAUUUAAUAGCCUUUAGCCGUACUGAGCUAGAAACAUGCCAAGCUGUGCAGAACACAUUCCAGUUUUUAUUAGAAAACUCCAGCAAGGUAGUACGGGACUAUAACCUUCAGUUGUUUUUGCAAGAGAAUGCUGUAUUUCACAAGCCUCAGCCCUUCCAGUUCCAGCCUUGUGACAGUGAUACUAGUUUAAAAGCUGCCCAACUGGUGGAUAUUGAGCUCUCCCCUGUCAGUGCCCUGAGAAUGACCAUAGCUGAGAGCCGACAAUUAGAGUCAGAAACUGGGACCACAGAGGAACACAGUCUAAAUAAGGAGGCUCGGAAAUGGGCCACACGUGUGGCACGUGAGCAUAAAAACAUUGUUCACCAGCAGCGGGUUCUAAAUGAUCUGGAAUGUCACGGAGUUGCUGUAUCAGAACAAAGCCGAGCAGAGCUGGAGCAGAAAAUAGACGAAGCUAGAGAGAAUAUUCGUAAGGCUGAGAUAACGAAGUUGAAAGCUGAAGCCCGGCUGGAGCUGCUGAAGCAGAUCGGUGUUUCUGUGGACACAUGGCUGAAGAGCGCCAUGAACCAAGUGAUGGAGGAACUGGAAAAUGAGCGCUGGGCUCGCCCUCCUGUGGCGACCAGCAACGGCACUCUGCACUCGCUUAAUGCAGAUACCGAAAGAGAAGAAGGUGAAGAGUUUGAAGACAAUAUGGAUGCUUUUGAUGACAGCAGUUCCAGCCCUUCUGGCACCUUAAGAAACUAUCCACUUACCUGCAAAGUUGUUUAUUCCUACAAGGCUUCUCAACCAGAUGAGUUGACCAUUGAGGAGCAUGAGGUGUUAGAAGUGAUUGAAGAUGGAGAUAUGGAAGACUGGGUAAAGGCUCGAAAUAAAGUCGGCCAAGUGGGUUAUGUGCCAGAAAAGUACCUACAGUUUCCCACCUCGAACAGCCUGCUGAGCAUGCUACAGUCCUUGGCCGCUUUGGAUAGUCGGUCACACACGUCCAGCAACUCCACAGAAGCAGAACUUGUUUCAGGCAGCCUCAACGGAGAUGCCAGUGUCUGCUUUGUGAGAGCACUUUAUGAUUACGAGGGCCAAACAGAUGAUGAGUUGUCUUUUCCUGAGGGAGCCAUCAUCCGCAUCUUGAACAAAGAAAACCAGGAUGAUGACGGCUUCUGGGAAGGAGAGUUCAGUGGGCGGAUUGGCGUUUUCCCAUCGGUGCUAGUGGAAGAACUGUCAGCCUCAGAGAACGGUGACGCUGCAUGGACAAAAGAGACUCAGACCUCUCCGUCCCCCAAGCCGCACACCUCCCUGCCUCUGCUGCCACUGUAUGACCAGCCUCCCAGCAGCCCUUACCCCAGUCCAGAUAAGAGGAGCUCCCAGUUCUUCCCCCGGUCUCCUUCAGCAACUGAAAACAGCCUCCAUGCUGAAUCACCAGGAUUCUCACAGGCACCAAGGCAGGCUCCUGACACCUCGUAUGGCAAAUUGCGACCUGUCCGAGCAGCCCCACCGCCACCCACGCAGAACCACAGGAGGCCAGCAGAGAAGAUGGAAGAUGUGGAGAUCACACUGGUGUGACGAUGGAUGGGCUCGCACCCAUUAUUGCUACCAUCAAGGCCAGGCGUGGAGUUUGGCCAGUCUUGUUUUCUAGGCACCUUUGCAUGAUGAUGACUCUUGAACAGAGCAAAACCAAGGACAACGCCAAGAGACUCGUUGGCCCGGUGGACUCAUCCCACAUUUUGAAUAUUUUGUGCCUUUUUCUUUUGUUGUCAUUUUCUAUGUCAUCUACCAUAGCACAAAUCAUAGUGGGUCCUAAAAGGAGAGAGAGCAGUUCUCAUGCCUCACGGUGGCCCAUUUUUAUAUGAGACUGAAGUCCGGGUCUCAUCCCAGGGCAUAGACACAGACGGACUGAUCGUGUGCACUCGUACAGUAUAUUACUGUGGCCACAGGAUGUGGCAAGAUCUCAUCUUCAAGUGGCUUUUGCUCAUCUGGUUAAGAGUUAAUCAGAUUAUGUUGGCUACAUAAGGAAACAGAAGGAGGGGUUCAGGAGAGGCUGGUUCCUCCCCAAGGCUCGUCCCUAGACUGAAAUGAAGCCGUAGUGGGAACAAAGCGGAUUGUUCUGAGUUUAGCGCCAACUGCAUUAACGCACAUCUCUUCCACAACUAACAGGUUAAAAUGAUAACAGUGUCCUUUGUGUUAAUGUUCAUGCCAUUCAUUUAGUGUUAGUGGGGCUAGCCUGGAGGGGCUGGACUAGUAACCACAUCGCACCCACCACAUAGACUAUUAGAAAGGAGGCUGCGGCCAAAGCAGAAAUGUAGUUUCCAGAUCCGAAAUGAUCCAGUUAAAUGUUCUUUUUGUCUUUGGGUAUUUUUCUUCUUCAAGUUUACAGCACAUACUCCUCUGUCAGUAUCCUUAGAAGCUUGUGUCUGGCUCACUUGAGGAUACAUAUGUCCACAUUACUGAGCUUCUCUUCUCAGAAAGCCCUUGUGUUAUUUUAUUCCCAAGCCAGCGCACUAGUCCAGAUGGCAAGUUGUGGCUGGUAGGGAUCAGCUGUCACCUCACAAAAUACAGCUUCAGGUCCCACUGCCUUGACAUUUCCUUGAGAAGAAGAACUUCUACGCCACAAAGAAAACCAGCUUCCUGUGGGAAGGACUGAGUGAGGAAGGACUUGCACACCACACACAGACGGCCGAGAAGACCACUGCGCCUGCAGGUCCCAGGAGAGCCGUGCCGUGAGCUCCGUGGCUCAGCAGCAGGAGCCAGAGCAGAGCGGUGGGGCUGCGUUUCCUACAGACGAACGGAUGUUUGCCAGUUCUUCUUCUUCUUCUUCUUUUUUUUUUUUUUUUUUUUGAUAGCCUUCAUUGAAAAAUCAAAUUUGCAGAAUUUAGUCUUAGAAAUUAUGAGAUGCUUGGAAAAUUCUAUCCCUCCUGAGAUUUUUUAAAUGUCCACCACAUAUCCCCAUGGGAUUUUUGACUGAAAGUAAGGUCAGAGCUGAAGAAACCCUCAUUCAGUCAUUUGACCACUUCGGUGAUGACGCCCCAGUGAACCCUCUCUGUGACUUUGGAUGUUUGUGUUUUUUGUUUUUUUGACCUUCUGAACCUGUUGAUCUAUUUGAGGUCUUUUUAUGUUUAUCAAACUUAUUCUUAAGUUUAAAAAAAUUAAAAGGGUGGUUUUUAAAAAGAUUUUUUUAAUUUGCUGAUGUUACAGAUCUUCAAAGUGCUUAUUAAAUAGAGCAGUUCUUGCCACUCAGCCGUGUAUUGUCCUUAGCUAGUCACACUGUCCAUGAAUUUGGGUUUCCCACAACCUCAGAGUUAUUUGAAAUCUUUUGUUAUAUUUUAAAAUAUUUUUGGAAGAGCUGCUAAUUUUAUUUUAAAAAAACGAAGUUGUAAAAAUAUGCCUCCUUUUUAAAAGAUAGCCCCUCCCUCCAGGCUGUGUAACCCGGCAUCACCAUGCACAGGUUAGGCUCCGAGAGAGCCUCAGUGCAGAUGCGCUUUCUUUACAAUGGCUGUAAAGUUUGUAUUUAUUAUGUAUAAAAUGUUGAAUAAUAAAAAAUGGAAUUAAAUUUUC